GGGGCCGCCUCCUGGACCGCCAGCCUCGCUCCUGGACACCUGCGCCGUGUGUCAGCAGAGCUUGCAGAGCCGGCGUGAGGCGGAGCCCAAGCUGCUGCCCUGUCUUCACUCCUUCUGCCUGCGCUGCCUGCCCGAGCCGGAGCGCCAGCUCAGCGUGCCCAUCCCUGGGGGCAGCAACGGCGACAUCCAGCAAGUUGGUGUAAUACGGUGCCCGGUAUGCCGGCAAGAAUGCAGACAGAUAGACCUGGUGGAUAAUUAUUUUGUGAAAGACACAUCUGAAGCUCCUAGCAGUUCUGAUGAGAAAUCAGAACAGGUAUGUACUAGUUGUGAAGACAAUGCAAGUGCAGUUGGCUUCUGUGUAGAAUGUGGAGAGUGGCUGUGUAAGACAUGUAUCGAAGCACAUCAAAGAGUAAAAUUCACUAAAGAUCACUUGAUCAGGAAAAAAGAAGAUGUCUCAGAGUCUGUUGGAGCAUCUGGUCAGCGCCCUGUUUUCUGCCCUGUACACAAACAAGAACAGUUGAAACUUUUCUGUGAAACAUGCGAUAGACUGACAUGUAGAGACUGUCAGCUAUUGGAACACAAAGAACAUAGGUAUCAGUUUUUGGAAGAAGCAUUUCAAAAUCAGAAAGGUGCAAUUGAGAAUCUACUAGCUAAGCUUCUUGAAAAGAAGAAUUAUGUUCAUUUUGCAGCUACUCAGGUGCAGAAUAGGAUAAAAGAAGUAAAUGAAACUAACAAACGAGUAGAACAGGAAAUUAAAGUGGCCAUUUUCACCCUUAUCAAUGAAAUUAAUAAAAAAGGAAAAUCUCUCUUACAGCAGCUAGAGAAUGUUACAAAGGAAAGACAGAUGAAGUUACUGCAGCAGCAGAACGAUAUCACAGGCCUCUCCCGGCAGGUGAAGCACGUUAUGAACUUUACAAACUGGGCCAUUGCCAGCGGCAGCAGCACGGCGCUACUGUACAGCAAGCGACUGAUUACUUUUCAGCUGCGUCAUAUUUUGAAAGCACGAUGUGACCCUGUCCCUGCUGCUAAUGGUGCAAUACGUUUCCAUUGUGAUCCCACCUUCUGGGCAAAGAAUGUAGUCAACUUAGGUAAUCUAGUAAUAGAGAGUAAACCAGCUCCUGGUUAUACUCCUAAUGUUGUAGUUGGGCAAGUUCCUCCAGGGACAAACCACAUUAGUAAAACCCCUGGACAGAUUAACUUAGCACAGCUUCGACUCCAGCACAUGCAACAACAAGUGUAUGCACAGAAACAUCAGCAGUUGCAACAGAUGAGGAUGCAGCAGCCACCAGCACCUGUACCAACUACAACGACAACAACACAGCAGCAUCCUAGACAAGCAGCCCCUCAGAUGUUACAACAGCAGCCUCCAAGAUUGAUCAGUGUACAGACAAUGCAAAGAGGCAACAUGAAUUGUGGAGCUUUUCAAGCCCAUCAAAUGAGACUGGCUCAGAAUGCUACCAGGAUACCAGGGAUCCCCAGGCACAGCGGCCCUCAAUAUUCCAUGAUGCAGCCACACCUCCAAAGACAACACUCAAAUCCAGGGCAUGCUGGACCCUUUCCUGUUGUAUCGGUACACAACACCACAAUUAACCCAACGAGUCCUACUACAGCAACAAUGGCAAAUGCCAACCGAGGUCCCACCAGCCCUUCUGUUACAGCAAUAGAGCUAAUCCCCUCUGUUACCAAUCCGGAAAACCUUCCUUCGCUGCCAGAUAUUCCACCAAUACAGUUGGAAGAUGCUGGCUCAAGUAGUUUAGAUAAUCUACUAAGUAGAUACAUCUCAGGCAGCCACCUACCCCCACAGCCUACAAGCACCAUGAAUCCUUCCCCAGGACCUUCUGCUCUAUCUCCAGGAUCAUCAGGUUUAUCCAAUUCUCACACACCUGUGAGACCCCCUAGUACAUCUAGUACUGGCAGUCGAGGCAGCUGUGGGUCAUCAGGAAGAACUGCUGAGAAGACAAGUCUUAGUUUCAAGUCUGACCAAGUAAAGGUCAAACAAGAACCUGGGACUGAAGAUGAAAUAUGUAGCUUUUCAGGAGCUGUGAAACAAGAAAAGACAGAGGAUGGCAGGAGGAGUGCUUGCAUGUUGAGCAGUCCUGAGAGUAGCUUGACACCACCUCUCUCAACCAACCUGCAUCUAGAGAGUGAGUUAGAUGCAUUAACAAGCCUGGAAAACCAUGUGAAAACGGAGCCUACAGAUAUGAAUGAAAGCUGCAAACAGUCAGGGCUUAGCAGCCUUGUUAAUGGAAAGUCCUCAAUUCGAAGCCUCAUGCACAGGUCUGUAAGGAUUGGAGGAGAUGGCAACAGCAAAGAUGAUGACCCAAAUGAAGACUGGUGUGCUGUCUGCCAAAAUGGAGGAGAUCUCUUGUGCUGUGAAAAAUGCCCGAAGGUCUUUCAUCUAACUUGUCAUGUUCCAACACUUCUUAGCUUUCCAAGUGGGGACUGGAUAUGUACAUUUUGCAGAGAUAUUGGGAAGCCAGAAGUUGAAUAUGAUUGUGAUAAUUUGCAACAUAGUAAGAAGGGGAAAACUGCACAGGGGUUAAGCCCCGUGGACCAAAGGAAAUGUGAACGUCUCCUGCUUUACCUCUAUUGCCAUGAAUUAAGUAUUGAAUUUCAGGAGCCCGUUCCUGUUUCGAUACCAAACUACUAUAAAAUUAUAAAGAAACCGAUGGAUUUAUCCACCGUGAAAAAGAAGCUUCAGAAAAAACAUUCCCAGCACUACCAAAUCCCAGAUGACUUUGUGGCUGAUGUUCGUUUGAUCUUCAAGAACUGUGAAAGGUUUAAUGAAAUGAUGAAAGUUGUUCAAGUUUAUGCAGACACACAAGAGAUUAAUUUGAAGGCUGAUUCAGAAGUAGCUCAGGCAGGGAAAGCAGUUGCAUUGUACUUUGAAGAUAAACUCACAGAGAUCUACUCAGACAGGACCUUCGCACCUUUGCCAGAAUUUGAGCAGGAAGAGGAUGAUGGUGAGGUAACUGAGGACUCUGAUGAAGACUUUAUACAGCCCCGCAGAAAGCGCCUAAAGUCAGAUGAGAGACCAGUACAUAUAAAGUAAAAUGACAUGGACUUAAAUCAAUUGUUCAAAUAAAUAAAUAAAUAAAUAAAAGAAUGAAAAAGAAAUAAAAGAAAAAAACAGAACUUUUAUUUAAGUGUUGCCGGAAUAUCCUGCCUAUAGUGGGCUCCUCCUUGAUGAAGCUGAUAGCUUUUCCACAGUAUUAGAUUGAAAAAAUGGACAGAAAACACAUUCUUGUCAAGAAAAGGGGAGAGAACUCUCUUUGCAAGUUUAAAGUAAAAGCAGAAAGCAAAAGUGAAAUGAUUUGAGGAUGUCUGUUACUAAUGAGGAUGGUUCUCUUAUUGUUAAAAUGGCAAAUGAUGAUCAUGUGGUAUUGAUUGGUGCAGGGUACUGAUGUAUAAGUGUCAUUUGAUAAACUGUCUCUUUGGAUUAGAGUGCGCAGUGAUUAAAACAGCUUCUAAUCCGCCCCCUCUACACAAAUACAUCAUUUAAAAAUCAAAGUAACUCAGAUUCCACUUUAAUGUCAGUAUAGAUGUGCAUUGAAUUAUGCCAUUAUAUUGUUUUCUCAUUUUAGUGCUGUUGGGUUUAGUUUUUAAAGUGACUUAAGGAACUCAACAGCAGUUUUAUUUUUUACUCAUACUUAGGGUCUAAGAAACAUGACCGUUGGACAUCAUUUAAUCAGCUUCAAUGGUCUACUGAAAUAAAUGUGAUAACAUUUCAGUAAUGGAUCAUACAUCGUUACAAUAAAUCAUUUCCAGAACACUUCCACUCAAUUACACUUCCCAAUCAUAUCAUCUGAUCAGUUAUUCCUAUAAAAGGCAGAAUGUUUGUUUCAAAAUUAAUCUAGUUUUCUGUACAUUUAAAUUUGAUUGAGAAGGCAACAACUGGCUCUUAUCCAGUCUUCCUUCAUAUCAGUUUUCUGAUAGACCACUAUUGGCAAACAGUAAUCUGUCAACUACCAAAUGUGUAAAAUUUUCUGUAUUUCACUUUGUCUUAUUUGUAAAUAGUGAACUAAAACUCUGGCAGAUCAGCAACAUUUGCUGAGCCUGUUUUUUAAGCUAAUGUGUAUUCUUACUAAUGUUCCUAUCAAGAAUGGAUUUGUAAUAUAUGCUGUCUAUUUCUAAUGUUCACAUUCAUAUUUUGAGGUUCUAUCUUAUUUUAAUAGAGAACAGACUUCUCAAAAAAUCUUCAGAAGCAGCUUAUUAUUGAAAUAUCAAAAUAUUGAAAUAAACCCGGUGGGGUUAGAUUACUCAUCCGUCCACCAAGUGGGACAUUUGCAUGGACUGGGGGCUUAAAGGACUUAGAAGAGAUCUGUAAGUAAAUCCUGAAAAUGAGCCAAUCCCCACUUGAAUGGUUACUGGAGUAUACCCACCUUUACUACCUUGAUUAUAUCACCUGAGGCAGAUAAACCGACUUGGCUCUGAUUCGUUUUUCUUCUCUUCAUUUGUGAUGCUCAGAUUCAAGAUGUGUGUUCUAGACUGUGUACAGGCUUCUCUUCUGUUGGAUUAAAAAUUUUAGUCCUAUUUUGGUAUGGACACAUUAGAAUAUAAAGUGACCAAAAUAGAAGAAUUUGCCAUUAGAUAUUUUUCAGAUGUCAGCAGGUUUGUGGCAAAUCAUUUGCCUUUUUAAAAAUUCAGCUUAUGCAGUUCAGACAGUAGACUACUCAGAAAAUUAUUUGACAUAAUUGUCUAAGAAGUAAAUAUUUUUUAGUGCGUAUUGAAUCAAAUAAAGUGCUCUAAAGAAAAGAUUAUACGAAUUCCUUUGGGGUUUUUUUUUUUUUCUUACCAAGAAGUGGGUGGAAACAGGAACAUGAUUCAGGCCUUCUGACGGUAUAUUUUAAACAGUUAUGAUUUUAUUAUUGCUAUCAAUUUACUUUAUUCCCUGGCUUUCUUUUAGCUUCUCUUUUAGUUUUGUUGUAAGAGGGAGGAACUAAUUUUAAAAUGCUUUCGUCUAUGUCUGUGUCUCUCUUUUUCACAUCUAUAUUUCAGUUCAUAAGUAGACAUCUAUGUAAGAGCACAUUUUUGGAAAGUGAGGAGUAGCAGUAUGGCUUCAUUGUGUCGAGCCUUUGUGUUCUAAUAUUUUUCUGUAAGCUCUUCAUGUGGAUUUUUUUUCAGAAUUCUUAGGUAAUAAGUCAUAUAUAGGUUCUGCCAACUGGGGAGAAAAACAGAUUUUAAGUAAAUAUUUUUCAGUAUUUGGGGCCUUAAAAGAUAAUGUGUUCCCUUAAAAGCAUGCCUAUAUUAUAUGGAGUUUUUGUUUUUUAAGGUGGAGUAAAUUAAUUAGAAAACCACUUAAUUGGCAACAUCUAAUAGAUUUCAUUUCUGUUAGCAGACAAUAAUUCAUACUGCUGAGGAAUUAUUGUUAACAUUUAGCAACAAAUCACCAUUAAAUGAAGGUGUUCACUUUAGAUUUUAUUAAAGUUUUUUUCUUGCACACUGAUUGUUGUAUUUCUAAACUGUUUUGUUCAGUUCUAAUAUAACUAUUAGUUAAAAGGUAUAACAACCUAAAUUGGUAUUUAGAUAUAUAUUUUCCUAUUAAUUUAUGUUUUGAAAAGACAAACGUUUGAUAUUUAUUAGUCCCUGAAGGUAGUUUGCUUUGAUAUUAUCACAUUUUGAUACUAUCACAUUUUGACUUAUCACAUAUUAUCUUUUUUCAAAAGGCAGGAUUUUAGACCUGGAGAAAUGUCCACAUAAUAUUUCUUUGAACGUUUUUAUCAUACGUCAGUUUACUUCUCCCAUCAGAAAACUAAGAACAGAUAUUACUCUAUCUCUUCUGCUGACCUAAGUUUGUGUUUUUCAGCCCUAGGCUCAGCUGAUUUACUGAGUGAAGGGAUCACUUUGCUAGGUGAAGAAUGUGAAAGUUCCACAGUACAGUUAGAUUAUAAGUCACUCUCUUAUCGAGAAAUAUGAAGCCGUUAAGAUACAUAGCUAGGCAUUGGAUCCACUUUGGAAAUUACUCUUUUUGGAAUCAUCAAGUUGGUACUUUCUGACUUAUGUUUCUUACAUAAAGGAAUUCUAGAAAAAUUUUGAAAGUUGGUUUAAGUUUCGCUUUUUUGUUGUAACACUUUUGAGAUUUUUAGUUAGUCUAAUGAAAAACUGCUUUUAAACAGAAGAAAAAGAUUUAUAGUGUGCAAGUUACAGAUUUAUUAAUAUCAAUUACCUCAGCAGGUGUCCUGCCGUGUAAUUAUUAGUGAUUAGUAUUAAUAAGCCAAUAGAUUUCACGUCUUCUGAUUAUGCCCUUUGAUUGUGGCCUACUAUAUAUUGUUAAGUGGCCUCUUACUACCCAUACCGAGAGAAGAUACUGUGGCCCCUUCUCCCUUGGGCUUUACUUCCUGUGCCCACCUCAUUCGCAUACAACACAUGAAGUAUAAAAAUCUCAUUUCUUAUUGAGAUCAGUGCUGCUCAUUUGCAUAUACUAAGCAUUGGAUCAGUGAGGAGUUUUAUGAAAAUCCACCCAUCCCAGCUCUCCUAAUUAAAACAAUCAGAUUCUUAAUUUAUACCAUGAGUUCUUGAUGGUAUACCAUCUAUAUCAAUGAUCUGCUGAAGGUGAUGCCAAAUGUUCAAGGUGUAUCAGAGUUUGGUCACGUAUCAAACCUGGGUGUUUCCUUUCAUUUGUUUCCUCACGGUUAUCUCCUCCUUGAUAAAGCAAUAACACUGCUUUAAGUCUGUUGCCUAAUAGCAUGUCAUAAUCCUCUCUGGAUGGUGAUUUUAUAGGAAAGUUUGUAUGCAUAUCACCCAGUCUAUCUUUUAAAAAUUAAGAAAUUUAAAUGUAUGCCGGAGGUAAUAACAAUAUAUUGUGGCAUUUUAUUUUAAAAAUUGGGGAAAGUUGCAUAUUUUUUUAAAAGUAGGUGUUUGAGUAAAUAAAUUGAAGGUACUUUUUUAAGGAAAAAAAUUUAUAUGCCACAGUUUACAUAGACAUUUCAGAUUUCAACAUGUACUCUUGGAUAUAAUGGUUUCUUUUACUUGGUCAAAAUGCAUGUAUAGUGUUUCUUCCAUCUUACUUCUUUGUGUUUGCCUAUGUGGUCCUUUAUAUUUUUUAUUGUAUCUGAGAAACUAAAUUAUCUUCAAAAAUAAGUUAAUUUGGAUAUAUUUGUCAUAUCAAACUACAGAAUAUACAAUAUUAAGUUUAGCCCUUUUUUAGCAAGAGAUCUUUAAAACUGAAAAUGUUAUUCUUUUAAAUUUACCAAAUUUAUAUGUGGGAAGACAGCAAAAUGAUUUUGUAAAGUGCCACUGCAAUAUUCCAAUUCAAGAGUGGCCUAAAUUUUAAUCUUAAGAAUGAAAUGCAUGUCUGCUCCUGGUCUGAAAAGUGUAGGCAUUUACUAUGUUUUAAAACACAGUGAAACAUGUAUAUAAGCCUAUAAAAAAUGAUUUGUGCAAUUUGAAAGCC